GGGGCUGUGCCCGAGGGAGGGGUCGUCUCUCUUGCUCCUCUGGUCACGUGUGGCAGGAAGUGGCGCCUGCAGCGGAGUUCUGGAGAUGGGGACCUCCCUGGACAUUAAGAUUAAAAGAGCAAACAAGGUUUACCAUGCCGGGGAAAUGCUGUCGGGCGUGGUGGUCGUCUGCGGGAAGGACUCGGUCCAGCACCAGGGCGUCUCUCUGACCGUGGAAGGAACCGUGAACCUCCAGCUCAGCGCCAAGAGUGUGGGUGUGUUCGAAGCGUUCUACAAUUCGGUGAAGCCCAUCCAGAUCAUCAACAGCACCAUCGAAAUGGUGAAGCCGGGGAAGUUCCCCGGCGGCAAGACUGAGAUUCCGUUUGAAUUUCCUCUGCACGGGAAGGGCAACAAAGUCCUGUACGAGACGUACCACGGCGUGUUCGUCAACAUCCAGUACACGCUGCGCUGUGACAUGAAGCGGUCUCUGCUGGCCAAGGACCUGACGAAGACCUGCGAGUUCAUCGUCCACUCCGCCCCCCAGAAAGGGAGACUGACCCCGAGCCCCGUGGACUUCACCAUCACACCCGAGACCUUGCAGAACGUCAAAGAGAGAGCCGUGCUCCCCAAGUUCCUCAUCAGGGGACACCUGAACUCGACCAGCUGCGUCAUCACACAGCCGCUGACGGGCGAGCUGGUGGUGGAGAGCUCGGAGGCCGCCAUCCGGAGCAUAGAGCUGCAGCUGGUCCGCGUGGAGACCUGCGGGUGCGCGGAAGGCUACGCCCGCGAUGCCACCGAGAUUCAGAACAUUCAGAUCGCCGACGGGGACGUCUGUCGGGGCCUCUCCAUCCCCAUAUACAUGGUCUUCCCCCGGCUGUUCACCUGCCCCACGCUGGAGACCACCAACUUCAAAGUGGAGUUUGAGGUGAACGUCGUGGUGCUGCUGCAGGGCGACCACCUCAUCACGGAGAACUUCCCGCUGCGGCUCUGCAGGGUGUAGGCCCGCCGAGGGCCCGCGGGGACCGGGCCCGGCACACAGCGCCUCCUCGGUGACCCUGCCCCAGGCAUGGGCCUGCCCCCACGUCCCGGUCGCCUUCUUCCUCGUAUCCUCGAGGCUUCUCCUCCCGGUGGGCGCCUCCAGUCAGCCUCUUGAAGUUCACUGGGUUCCUGGUGUUGGCGGGGUCACUCGGGAAGCAGGACUUCGUCGGCCGCCUGACCUUGCUGCUGCUGCUGGGUGGGCAGAGGGCAGCGAGGCCCUGGGCCCACAGGGCACCCCCGUGCCUGGCCGACGGGUGGGGCUGGGGCUGCGACUGCAGAGCCACGGCAGGGCAGCCACCAAGCUCUGUGGGUCUCCAGCACUGUUCGUGGUGACCUUGAAGCCCUUAGAGAACUGGAAGACAGCCUUCCUGCUGCCCUAGGACUGAGGGACUUUGGUGACAGUGGCUGAAGUGUUUCCGAAGUCCCAGGACCUGGUGUGAAACCGUGUGCCACCGGGUUCCCAGAAUGCCCUUCGGGGCCAGGUUAUGUCGGGGCAUGUGUCUGAGCCCAGUGCUGGGUGGGUUCUUAGCAGCAGGAGGCUCGCUUCCAGGCGGUAGGUGAAGACCUGUCUGCACUGGCUGGGGCCAGAAGUGUCCUGGACUCAGUGAGCUUGGCCUCCCUCCGACCCUGUCUGUGUCCCAGCCAGGGGGCUGGGCCUGAAACCACUUCCUCCUGAGCCCCGCUCUGUGGCCCACAGUGCACGGUGAGCUGGUCACAGCCCGUUUCCUCCUUCCCUUCCCUUCGCUUCCCGCCCUGCCCUUCCCCCCACCGGCCCACCAUUGACCGGCCCUCAGAAGUAAACCCUGCACUCGGCCUGGCCUUCCCUGGCAGCGCCCCGCUGGGGCGGGCUCAGGGGGACGGCCACCGUCCCCGGACAGCACGUGUGGUGCUGAGUGCAGACGACCCCGGCCCGGGCACGGCUCCGUCGCAGGCCCUCACCGCGGGGAGGGAGCGCACGCGUGCAGGGCCAUCCAAGGCUGGUGCCCGCGGGACACACGGCUGGUUCACAGGUCUCCUGCGCUCACGCCCACGUCUGUCCUUGACGACGUGUUUGAGCUAAAGCAGCAGAAGACAAAGAGGCUCUGCUUUGGGGGAUAUUUCACAGGUAGAAAUCAUUUUUAAUGGAAAAAAAAAAAAAGCCAAAUAGGAAUUCUGAGAAGUGCUUUCAGGUGUGUGUUGCUACGUUGGUUCUUUAGUGUGCCCAGGUUGCAGACAUCAGUAGGACGAGGACUCCUUAGGGGGCAGUUGUCUCCUGCGGAGGAGCCGCAGCCCAGCCGCCUUCCGCACUUCCCUAGGCCCUGAGGGCCCGGGCGAGGGCGUGGGGCCAGACGUUUCCCCCUCCCCCGUGGCCAGGCACCUCCACCGGAGGCUGUUAAGGGAAACUCAGGUGUCCAGCUGCCCCAGCUGGGGCCGGGUCUGUCCACUCCGGGAGGCUGGGCUUGUCAGAUUCUCCCAUCUGAGGAAGGGAGGCGAAGGAAAGAGUCCGAACUAUGAAUUACUGUUUUGGAAAUGUCCCUUUAGGCAGGAACACAGUUUGGCCAUCAGAGUUCCAGCAGAAAUGGGGCCUGGGUCCAAUUCUCAGGUGUGUUGGAGAUUCCCAAGAAGGCCGAGAGGUCAAUCAGAAAUAAAAUGUUAGAAGAGCCAA